AUGGAAUUCUACAGAAUUCUUCUCUUCAUCCUGAUAUCUUCAUGUCAAUUCCAUUUGGGCAGUAGCUCUUUAAGUGAUAGUCAACUAAUGCGAAUCAUUGACUCACAAAAUCAGAAUAGUCGAUGGACUCAUUCAAUUUCACCGGCUGUUAAAAAAUAUGACAGAAACUGCUUCUUUUCACCUGUUCAAUGCAUGUUAUCAUCUUAUAGCGACCAGUCAAAUCCUGUCGUCAUUUUAGACACCGUCAAGAGACGAUUUUGGAAAUGA